AUGUGUAGCACACUGGAUGAAGCAGUUAUUGCUAAGAAACACAGGCGAUGGAUGACUCAUCACAGACGCACUUACGAGAACCAAGCGGAGAAAGAGAGGCGUUUUAAAAUAUUCAAGGACAACCUUGAAUACAUAGAAAAUUUCAAAAAAAUGCGAAACCAGACUUAUGAAUUGAGGCCCAAUGAGUUUGCAGAUUUAACCCACGAAGAAUUUCUGGCUUCAUAUACCGGUAUUGUUGUCCCCGCCCCCGGGUCAUCCAAGACUUCAGUGUCCAGGACUUUCAGGUAUGAGAACCUGACAGAAGUCCCAACUAACAUGGACUGGACCAAAAAAGGGGGCUGUCACCCGUGUUAAAUACCAGGGUCAAUCUGUUGCUGGGCAUUUUCUUCUGUUGCUGCUGUAGAAGGGAUCAUCCAAAUCAAGACCGGUAACUUGGUCUCAUUGUCUGAACAACAGUUGGUGGACUGCGCCACUAGCAAUGACGGAUGCCAUGGUGGUUGGCUGGACAAUGCAUUUGAAUACAUUGUACAAAACCAGGGCAUCGCCAGGGACACAACAUACCCUUAUAAGGCAGCCAACAGAACUUGUGACCUUAAUCAGGCAUCUGUCCCAGCCGCCCGUAUCCCUGGCUACAAAGAUGUACCUGCAAACAAUGAGGAAGCAUUUCUGAAAGCUGCGAGUAACCAGCCUGUGUCAGUUGCUCUUGAUGCUGCUGGUCCCGCCUUUCGGUUUUACUCAAAAGGUGUGUUUGAUGGAGAAUGUGGGACUAAAGUGAAUCAGGCUGUGACUAUAGUAGGGUAUGGGACAAGUGAGGAUGGUGCCAAGUAUUGGUUAAUCAAGAACUCAUGGGAUGAGAAGCGGGGUGAAGGUGGGUACAUGAGAAUCAAGAGAGAUGUCGAUGCUCCGGAAGAUAAGUUUCUCGUUUUCAUUUUGAUUGUUUCCGGGGCUCUGGCAUCUGCCAUGUCCCGCACAUUGAGUGAAACAGUCGUUGCUGAAAAAUACAAGCAAUGGAUGGCUCAGCAUGGACGCACCUAUGAGAUGAAGGAAGAGGAGAAUAUGCGUUUUGAGGUUUUCAAAAACAACCUGGAAUAUAUAGAAAACUUCAACAACAUAGGGAAUCAACCUUAUAAGUUAAGCAUCAAUGAAUUUGCAGACUUAACGAACGAAGAAUUCCUAUCAUACUAUGCUGGCUACAAGAUGAUUCCUAUCACAGUUUCAUCCAAAACUAAAAGAUUUAAAUAUGAAAACCUGACCAAUGUCCCACCUAGCAUUGAUUGGAGGAACAAAGAGGCUGUCACCCAAAUUAAGAACCAAGGUCGUUGUGGAAGUUGCUGGGCAUUCUCAACCGUUGCAGCUGUGGAAGGUAUCGCAAAGAUUAAAACUGGUCGGUUGUUCUCACUCUCUGAGCAGCAACUGGUGGACUGCAUCAGAACGAAAGGAAGUCAUGGCUGCAAAGGUGGUUGGAUGGAUGAUGCUUUUGAAUACAUUGUGAAAAACCAAGGUCUCGCCGAGGAAACAAGAUACCCAUACAAGAAAAAAGACGGAACUUGCAGCCCUCGGAAAGCAGCUAUCAAAGCCGUGCAGAUCAUAGGCUAUGAAGAUGUACCUCACAACAAGGAAGAAGCACUACUAAAGGCUGCAAGCCAGCAACCUGUCUCGGUAGCCCUCGAUGGAAGUGGAACUGCGUUUCAGUUUUACUCAGGAGGUGUUUUCACAGGACGAUGCCGCACGUCUUUAAACCACGCUGUUACCAUUGUUGGGUACGGAACAAGUGAAGAUGGCAGCAAAUACUGGCUAAUCAAGAACUCAUGGGGCAAAUCAUGGGGUGAAAAUGGCUACAUGAGGAUUAAGAGAGAUGUUCAUUCUAAAAAAGGUCUCUGUGGCAUCGCCAAGAGAGCUUCCUAUCCAGUUGCGUGAAUAGCACGUUCCAGGUUGCACCUUACUAGCUUUU